CUUAUGAAGAAGAAAGGUAAAAUUCUCUUCUGCCAUUGGACAAAACAGAUAAUCUGCAGCUCUGGAAAUUCCUGGUUAUUUCUAGUCCAAGUACUAACUAUACCCAACUUUGCUUGAUUCCUAGCCCAAAGAAGACAAGAGACCAUGAUAGAAGCCGAGAACUUCACCUCUGUCAAGGAAUUCAUCCUGCUGGGACUCACCACCCACAGAAAAAUCCAGCUUCUCCUCUUUGGGGCGGUUCUUAUCAUCUACUUGCUUACAGUAUUGGGGAACCUGCUGAUCAUCGUAUUGGUGCAGGUUGAUGCAAGACUCGACACACCCAUGUAUUAUUUUCUUUCCCAACUUGCAGGGGUAGACAUCUGCUAUGUUACCAGCACCAUGCCUCUCAUGAUGACUCAGCUCCUGGCUGAUGAUGGAACCAUUUCUUUCACAUCCUGUGUGACCCAGAUGUACAUUGCAUUGGCCACAGCUGUUAUUGAGGUUUUCCUGUUAGCAGUUAUGGCCUAUGACCGCUACCUGGCCAUCUGCCGUCCCUUACUUUACCCUGUUCUCAUGGGCAAGCACUGCCAAUUGCAGUUCACUUUAGCAUGCUGGAUCAUAGGUCCUCUGAUCUGUGUGGUUUGCAUUGUCUGCCUUGUUUGUCAAAAGUUUUGUGGCCCCAAUCAGAUCAAUCACUUCAUAUGUGAGUUACCAGUGGUGCUGAAACUUGCAUGUGGGGAUACAAGUAUUACUGAGGACAUUAUUUUUGGUAUAGGCUCAUGUGUCCUUCUGGUUCCCCUUUGUUUCAUAUUGACCUCCUAUGGAUUUAUUCUUUAUUCUGUGUCAGAAAUGAAAUCAAGUGUGGGGAGGCAGAAGGCUUUCUCUACCUGUGUCUCCCAUCUCCUUGUGGUCUCCUUGUUUUAUGGCCCUUCCAUCUGUGUGUAUCUGCUUCCAAAGACUGAUACAGUGCCUGAUCGUGAUAAACAAAUUGCAGUCUUCUAUGUUGUGAUCACUCCUCUGCUCAACUCUAUCAUUUAUACCCUGCGAAACAAGGAUAUUCAUAGGGCAGCAGCCAAGAUCCUGUGAAGAAGGACCUUUGAACAAAGUUAUUACAGUUUGUGUCAUGAUUAAUCAACUGUUUUUAAAAAGCCCUGAUGGUCUAAUUUAGUGAUGGCGAACCUUUUACAGACCAAGUGCCCAAAAACUGGCCCCGCCCUGCUCCACCCCCUGCCCUG